UAAUCAGAACUCAGUGAGUGCUACCAGGUUUUUAUCCAGCUUGCAGGUAAAGGGUUACAGAUUCUAGGAAGUAUUAAAUGCAAACUUUAAAGGAUUUUAUUUUCAUCUGCAGUCACAUGAUGCCUUAAUACCCAAUGACACUAACUACAGUGGCUCAUUAAGAGGUCAUGCAAACUCCCAAGCUAAACAAGGCAUUCUUACAUAUUUAACAUUCAAAUGCAGAAGCUAAGCUAAGCCAUGGAAGAUUGUAAUCGGAAAAAAGCUACACUUCCUGAUCCACACAAAAGCUACAGGUUCUUUAAACAAGUGACAGACUGCUAGCAUUUUGGACUGAAGUCUGGAGGUUAUUUUGGAAUGUGAAAACUACUUGCUGCUUGGAUCCAUGACAACCAUGUAGAUAACCAUUCAUUGCCUUUAAUGAUCUACACCAACAUGAUGCCACCACAAAGAUGUUUAACAACCUCUCAUUAUCUCAGCAUUUGUUUUACUGAUGAGAUUGAUGCUCUGCUCUCCUCAAAUUAAGUUCAAUUACUGCCUCCUUCCACAAUUUUUCAUCAACUAAAGGACACUGUCAUUGCAAGACAGCAACCCAGAAAGACCUCGAAUUGCACUGCAUCCAUGCUUGUAUUAAAGGAAAUCCAGAUGGGGUGCAAGUGCUGCAAAAUGAUACGAAGCUACAUUUUUGAUCCAGAAGAAAUACAAUCACCGGGAUGCAUUCAUGAAGUAAGCAUCAAUAAAUACAAUGAGCAAGGCAGCAAUAAAUCCAAAUCCAAAGAGAACAGUGAAAUUCAAGAACAUAAAAAUGAACUCCAGAAGGAUGAACUAAAUAGAACAGAAAAUAAAAGUCAGGUAAAUAGCACAACAGAAACUCUCUGGAACCACAGAGGCAAUGAUUUGCACGAGGAUGGUCUUGGGAAGAGUGUUGCAAAGCUUGGUGUUGCGGUCAAUGGCGGCAACUCCUGUGCUGGAGUGUACUCCACACUCAAUCCCGACACAAAUCCAGUGAAAGAAGCCAGUGAACAAGGAAUCUCCAGGCAGUCAGAGACUUCUUCAGCAAGCAAUAGAGACUUUUGUAACAGAUCAUAUAGGUCUGGCCAAGAACUUGACCUAGAGGCAGUCAGUCAGAGGAAGUCAGUCUACAAUGAACCAAACAGUAUUCCAGAUGUAGAGUCCCAGUCUGCAGAAGACAGGACCUUUCUGAAAGAAACUGCUCUACUAGAGACACAAAACAAUACCAUACAACUGCCAGAUAUUGAUUAUCCCCAAAAUGGCAAUCAAACCAGAAACUACAUUGGAAAAGACUGCUUUUCAAUCAAUUGUGCACAUUCAGACCAAAACACUGGGCCUUCAGCAAUACAAGACCAGGACCUUUGUGUAACCCUGCCUUUGCCUAUGAAGGAAAGUGGUAUUGAACCCUUUAAAACUGAGUCUACAAGUUUGAAUGAGGGUAUUACUAGUGAUAUCACUGCCGUGGCUGUUACCAAAGUAGCAGAGGUACUCACACACUCCAACCAUAAAGACAUCAAUGGAGAAAUUGAAGAGGAAGAUGCUGAAGUUGCAGAAGCUCUGGCUGCACUGGAAGCUGCAACGGCAGGGGAAGACCUGGAAGAUGACGAUGAGGACUAGAUGAUGAAUAUUUCUAAUACACUGGGUAAGAUCAAGAUUUUAUUUCUGGAUCUAUAUGAACACAUGUACAGCACGUGUGGACAGCUGCUAUGAGCAGCAUAUACAAAAGGAGUUGGGACUAAACCUCUGUCCCUUCAACUGUCUUAUACAAUCUUAAUUCCUACAGUCUGAGGUACAGAAGUGCUCCCUUGGCUAACAGUGAUACUAACACUCUGUGGAGCCAACCAAGAUGGCAAAGCAUCAUUUUUUCCACACAGGAUAUUCUGCUGUACACCCACCUCACCCGGACACAUGCAAGCACUUCCUUUGGUUCUGACUUUCAAGAGAGUCAGUACACACUGCAUGUUCCAGAUUUAGAAAGCUUCCACUAUUUAAAACAGAACAGUAAAAGCCAUGCAGUUAGAAACCACAAAUUCUCAUCAUGUUAACAUAAAAAAAAAAAGGAAAAAAACCUGCCCCAAAGUUCUAUGAUCUAAUGAAGUAUGGAAUAAAGAAAGCAGCUUGGCUUGCACUUCACUGCAGUUACACUUGUUACAGAUUAUGCCUAAAUGUGCAGCUGGCAUUAGGAUUAUGACCCUACCUCCUCUCUUACACCUCCCCUGGACUUUGAUACUCCAAGUGAUCUGCUUCAGCUCAUCAAAACAACAGAAGCCUAGUCAAAUCCAAGAGAGUGGAUAACUUUCUAUUGGCUUAUGUGAGCUGCAGUAGAUCACCUAAGAAUUGCACACACACCAGAGGUGCUGGAGAGGGAUCAAAACUCAGUCCUACCAGUUUGGAUAGAUCAAAACUGUUGCAAAACUACAGCCUAAGACCUCUCAACUCUUCUGAAGUUCCAAACACGUCAUUUGUCUUAACAAAUACAGUUUGCAAACGUGUUGUGUCUCUGAUAUCCCCAGCAAGAUAUGUUUUGUUAAUAUACAGUGAGAGCCCGUGUGGGCUUCUCCCACAUACAGCCUUCUCCCUCAUUAAGGCUUCACUUCAGUCCAUAAACUUACAGCAGUAACGAGAUCAAGCUUCACAGUUUAGGCAACAGGUCUGAAAAUACCAGGUGCAUUCCUGGAGUGCUGACCCUUCCUCCAUUCUUCACACUAGUAUGGUAACCUUUUUUGGUGGGAGGGGUACAAGGAGGGAAGAAAAAGGAGAUAGAGACCAACUUGGUGCUGCCAAUGCACCAGAAGUUGGAUCCUGACCACUGAAAUAGAAAACACGUGACAUUUUAUAUUGAAAUUUUGUGUUUUCCGAGUUUGUUAUAAACUCUUAAUAAAUUUUUUUAAUCAUGUAAAAGUUACAGUGGCUUUUGUGCUUUAUGCAUAUUCUGAUUGUAUAAGAGUUACAUAAAAGUUACACUAAUCUCCUAUCUCUCACUAAAUACAUGAAAAGCAUCAUCUAUUUCUUUGAAACUGGAUAUGCUAAAUCCUAGUGUAAUCAUUAACACACAUAAGGAUCAGAAUAUUAAGAGGUGGUUUUUGAGUAAUGUGUAGAUAUUUACUUCUGUUUAAAUGCAGAGUCCCUCUUCUCGGAACACUGGGAGAUCAAAUCAAGAUUUCAAUGUCUCAAAACAUUAAUGACACCCCUAGUAGCAAUUAAAAGUCUCAGCUUCAAGAGAACUGUAUUCAGCUACAGAUGAGUAGAGAGUAUAAAUCACAGCGAGCCUUCAUCUUGCUCCCCAAGAAUGAAAAUAUACUAGAGAAGAGCACCCUGGACACUCCAAACCAGGCAUGUCUUCUACAGGCACAAUUGUGGACCACAAGACUUAAAUCCUCUGCAACAAAUCAGCUGGGCCACAAACAUAGCAUUUCUUGUGGCCCGGACCACAUACAGCAUUUCUUGUGGCCCAAGUUUUCAUUGUCUUAAAUAUAAGAAAGGUAAAAAACCCCAGUGUAAAGAAAUUCUGUUCACUGCAUUGGAAAUAACUGGUCAAGGCUUAAGAAGGUGAGGCAUAUGUACACCUCAAAUCUGCAGGAUAUGGAAAGCUCUCAAAAUACACCUAUGAGGUAUUGCCAACAUUCGGACUUCUUAGCCACUAUCUAAAAUGCCCUGUGCAGUUUCAUGGGCCAUUUCAUUGGUUUCAUUUUUUGAGGGGGUGGUUGUUCAGGUUUUUUUAUUAGAAACAUGGAGUUUAUUUCCCUUCAGCUCUACCAUGCCCCAUCUGUUUGUAAAUGAGCCAUUUCUCA